AUGACAGCCAUCCUGGAGCGGAUCAGCACGCUGUCCCUCAGCGGGCAGCAUCUCAGUCGUCUCCCCAGGCUGCUGGAGGACGGCUUGCCCAAGAUGCCUUGCACGGUCAAAGAGUGCGAGGUGCCGCAGCUCUUCCGUGAGCCGUACAUCCACACCGGGUACCGUCCCACUGGCCAGGACUGGCGGUACUACUUCCUUAGCCUCUUCCAGAAGCACAACGAGGUGGUCAACGUAUGGACUCAUCUCCUGGCAGCGCUGGCUGUGCUGCUGAGAUUCAAGACGUUUGUGGAGGCUGAGCAGUUACCUGUGGACGCGUGGUCCUUGCCUUUGCUCAUCUUUGUCCUUUCGUCUGUCACCUACCUGACCUGCAGCCUCUUGGCCCACCUACUGCAGUCCAAAUCGGAGCUGUACCACUACACCUUCUACUUCGUGGACUACGUUGGAGUCAGCAUCUACCAGUAUGGUAGUGCCCUGGCUCAUUUCUACUACAGCUCCGACCAAGCCUGGUACGACAAGUUCUGGCUUUUCUUCCUGCCGGCAGCUGCUUUCUGUGGCUGGCUGUCUUGUGCCGGCUGCUGCUAUGCGAAAUAUCGGUACCGACGGCCUUACCCCAUCAUGAGGAAGAUGUGCCAGGUGAUCCCAGCUGGGCUGGCGUUCAUCUUGGAUAUCAGUCCUGUCGCUCACCGGGUGGUUGUGUGUCACCUGGGGGGCUGUGAAGAAGAUGCUGCUUGGUACCACACGUACCAGAUACUGUUUUUCCUUAUCAGUGCUUAUUUCUUCUCCUGCCCGGUCCCUGAGAAGUACUUCCCUGGCUCCUGCGAUAUCGUUGGCCAUGCCCACCAGAUCUUCCACACCUUCCUGGCCAUCUGCACCCUAUCACAGCUGGAGGCCAUUCUUUUGGAUUACAAGAACAGGCAGGAGAUUUUCCUGAAGAGACACGGGCCUUUCUCCGUUUAUCUCUCCUGCAUCUCUUUUUUUGGCCUGGUGGCUUGUAGUGCCAUCACAGCUUACGUCCUGCGAUGCAGGAUCAAGGCCAGCCUGGCUAAAAAGGACUCCUGAGAGUCACGAACGUGACGGGCAUGACAUCACCGGGGUGGUGAAAAUCAAGAAAAGGGGCAUAACAUAUUAGAGACAUAACAGUCUUAUUUGCCUAACACGCUGUGACU